CAGCACGCGCGCUGAUGGAAGGCAGUGAGUUUGAGGCGCACUGCUGGAUCCACAAGCAAGAGGUGUCUGGACAAUAUUGAGAGCGUUACCAAAGAUGUAGGGAAGGAAGGAUUCUUAAAUUUCGCAUUCAGAUUCGUUAGCACGAGUCGGAUGCAAGAUUUCCCCGGUUUGGAUUUUUUUUAAGGCGAUGUUGUUGACUUGAUGCUGGAUUCGUUCCAACUUGUACUCGUUAUUCAACCUAAGUCAAUGAAUCCCCCUUUGGACCGACGGGUUUAUGGACUUCUGCAUUAGCUAAUUAUGUCUAUGGGUUUCAUGCCUGACAGUUUGAAUUCAGAUCCCUCCAAAUCGGCGUUUUUAGAGUUUGGGCACGGGCACCCGGCGCACCAGCAGCAUUCCCAGGGACUCUCUCACAUUUACCCCGUCCAUGGCUUGCACGCUGCUGGCCACUCUCAACAGGAUAAUCCCUUUAGCCCGGCUGCGUCUACCUAUGGCCGCUCUCUGGGCUACGCCUACCCCAGCGCAGUGAACACUCAUCCCCCGAGUGUUUACAUGCCCUACCAGCACAACAACCACAACAGUUUGGGACUCUCAAGAUUAGAGGAGACAGAUCGUGAGAAGUCUACAAUGAUCGAGAACGGGGAAAUUCGCUUGAAUGGCAAAGGAAAGAAAAUACGCAAGCCUCGGACCAUCUACUCAAGUCUUCAGCUGCAGGCUCUACAUCAAAGAUUUCAGCAAACCCAGUACCUGGCCUUACCAGAACGUGCGGAUUUGGCGGCAAAAUUAGGGCUGACCCAAACACAGGUGAAAAUAUGGUUUCAGAAUAAGCGUUCGAAAUACAAGAAGAUUAUGAAGCAUGGCAGUGGACCGGAAGGAGAACAUCUCCACAGCACGUCAUCCAUCUCGCCCUGCUCACCUGGGAUGCCCCAACUGUGGGAGGUGUCAAUGGCAAAUAAAGGGACCCCUAUGCACACCAACAACUACAUGAACAAUUUUGGGCACUGGUACCCAAAUCCCCAUCCAGAUACAAUGUCCAGACCUCAAAUGAUGUGAGUGGACAAUCUUGUCUCUGUGCAAGCAAGUGCUAACUACCGUUACAGCCAUGGCCGAGAAGUUAGGCAACUUUACAUUUGAAUGCAUAUCAUGCAACAAGUUUGAAUAGUGUGUUGACGCGUGUUUAAAUAUGAAUUGUGUUCUUACUCAUUGUAUGCAAUUGAUGUAUUUGGACGAUGCUAUACGCCCUAUGUCCAAAAUAUUAUUUGUCUAUUUAGUGAAAGCCUAACUUCGUUUAUUGGAGAAUGCUACAACAUUGAGGCAACAACUUUAUGAGUUUACAUAAAGUGUGCCAUUCUAAUUGGUAUUGUGUAUGGUAUGUAUGUAUAUGUGUAGUCCGUCGUUACGGUUACGAUGUUAUGACCGUGUUGGGCUUUCCACUGCAGGAGUGCCUCGACACAACAUUGCCGUAUAUCACAUAACCGACUCGUGUCUCUGCAAAUAAGUCAAAUAAAUACCGGUUUCUAUGAUAGAUAAUGGGAUAGGCUGUAAGAGUGUUCAUUCAUGAGUUGGUGAAUUUCAUGUGUAGGCCUAGGUUAACGUCUUUGAAUUUGAGCAAUGAAACAUUGAUGAAGGGAGGAAUUACACCACAAAUUCCUAUCUGUUGUUGUCUAUAUGUUUAGGCUAUUUGUUUAUCGGUUAUAUGUCAAAUUAAGGUUUAGCCUAUAUGCAUACACAUUUUCGGUACGCACGCCUCAUGUAAGCCUACCUGUAAUGCUUCAGUUUUAGAGAGAGAGAAAGCAUUGGCCUGCGUUGUGAAUCUCUUAAAUACUAGGCUACGGAAACUAUAAUCGGAAAAUAAAUUAGCACUUGGUCUGUACGUAUGUAGGCCUACAUGAUGCCCUUGUAGUUUAAGACAGGCCUGUGUGGGAACUAGCCUGUAGUCUACCCUGUGUGUUCCCUUGCUGGACAUUUAGGUGCAUGGUCUGACAAUAAAGUAUUACUAAAACAUCUGGAACUGAUAAUAUGCUUGAAGAAAUAAACCCGUUUAAUUUCAACAUGUUUGUUGAAAAUUCGAGAGGUUUAAUAGCAUCGCUAUAGUUUAUCAGCCUGCAAUUCUGCACAGGUGUUCGAAUGUAGCAUACAGGACCAGCUCAGCCAAGUUAACGACUGUGUCUCUUUUGAUGUG